UAUUCUUUUAAAUAUUUUUUCUUACUCUCUGUCCUAUCCUAAUCAAUCAAUGCUCUAAAGAGACCACUGAAAACGCUAGGAAGAGAUGGAGCAUCACCCAGCUCAACCCUAGAAGAAAACAGGAGACCAAAUGCUGUCUCUGAAGAAGAAGAAGAAGCACUAGACACAGAGAGGGGUUUUUGAAAAUAUGGAAGAAGGAGAUCGGAUUGAAGAGAGUAGCAGUGUGAGACUGACUGGUAGAACUUACAGUGGUGGUGGGGUCGGUGAGUCAAGGUGGGUGGAUGGUAGUGAAGUGGACUCAGAGUCACCUCCUUGGUCAUUGCUUGAUGAAAAUGAGGGUAAAGAAGGGUAUGGAUCUUUGAGGAGGAGACUGGUCAAGAAGCCCAAGAGAGUUGAUUCAUUUGAUGUUGAAGCCAUGGAAAUUGCAGGUGCUCAUGGUCACCGCUCUAAGGACCUUUCAACUUGGCGAACUCUUGCAUUGGCAUUUCAAACACUUGGGGUCGUUUAUGGUGACAUGGGAACAAGCCCUUUAUAUGUUUUCAGUGAUGUCUUCAGCAAGGUAAACAUUGAAUCAGAUGUGGAUAUCUUGGGGGCCUUAUCACUGGUGAUGUACACAAUUGCUCUAGUCCCCUUGGCAAAAUACGUAUUUGUUGUUCUUCAAGCCAAUGAUAAUGGGGAAGGGGGAACAUUUGCACUAUACUCGCUGAUUUGCAGGUAUGCUAAGGUCAACAUGCUGCCAAAUCGUCAGCCAGCUGAUGAACAGAUAUCAAGUUUUAAGCUUAAACUGCCCACUCCAGAGUUAGAAAGGGCUUUAAACAUAAAAGAGACUUUGGAAAGAAGAUCAUCCUUGAAGACCCUCUUGUUGCUGUUGGUUUUGAUGGGAACUUCCAUGGUCAUAGGGGAUGGUAUUCUAACCCCAGCAAUAUCAGUUAUGUCUGCUGUAAGUGGUCUUCAGGGUGAAAUAAAAGGAUUUAAUACAACUGCGGUGGUUGUUGUUUCAAUUGUAAUCUUGGUAGCAUUGUUCAGCAUACAGCGGUUUGGUACCAGUAAAGUUGGUGUCAUGUUUGCUCCAGCACUUGCUUUGUGGUUCUUCUCUCUGGGUUCAAUAGGGAUUUACAAUCUAGUGAAGCAUGAUAUUACAGUCAUCAAGGCAUUCAAUCCGGCUUAUAUCUAUUUUUUCUUCAAGAAGAACAGCAGAGAUGCCUGGUCUGCUCUUGGAGGUUGCGUGCUGUGCAUUACAGGAGCUGAAGCAAUGUUUGCGGAUCUAGGGCAUUUCUCCGUACGAGCCAUACAGAUUGCUUUCACCUUUGUAGUGUUUCCCUGCCUUCUCUUGGCAUAUAUGGGCCAGGCUGCGUAUCUAAUGAGAUACCCUGAUUCUUCAGGAAGAAUAUUCUAUGAUUCUGUGCCAGAUAGCCUUUUCUGGCCAGUUUUUGUAGUAGCCACCAUUGCUGCCAUGAUUGCCAGCCAAGCAAUGAUAUCUGCUACAUUUUCAUGUGUCAAGCAGUCUAUGGCACUUGGAUGCUUCCCGAGACUGAAGAUAAUUCACACCUCAAGGAGACUGAUGGGUCAAAUUUACAUCCCUGUGAUCAAUUGGUUUUUAAUGAUCAUGUGUGUAGUUGUUGUUUCCAUCUUUCGCAGCACUACAGAUAUCGCCAAUGCAUAUGGCAUAGCUGAAGUUGGUGUUAUGAUGGUCACAACCUCUCUGGUGACACUGGUAAUGCUUCUAAUAUGGCAGACCAAUUUGUUUAUGGCUUUGUGUUUCCCACUUGUAUUUGGAUCGAUAGAGCUUAUUUACUUUUCUGCUGUUCUAUCAAAAGUCUUAGAAGGAGGUUGGCUUCCGCUUGUUUUUGCUGCUUUCUUUCUGACUGUGAUGUACAUUUGGAACUAUGGAAGUGUGCUGAAGUACCAGAGUGAGGUCAGGGAGAAAAUAUCCAUGGACUUCAUGCAUGAACUUGGCUCCACACUUGGGACAGUGAGGGUUCCAGGGAUUGGUUUGUUAUACAAUGAGCUUGUCCAUGGCAUUCCCUCAAUUUUCGGGCAGUUUCUACUUAGCCUACCCGCCAUUCAUUCUACUAUCGUGUUUGUUUGCAUCAAAUAUGUCCCUGUUCCUGUGGUCCCUCAGGAGGAGAGAUUUCUUUUUCGAAGAGUUUGCCCAAAAGACUAUCAUAUGUUUCGAUGUAUUGCUCGAUAUGGUUACAAAGAUAUUCGAAAGGAGGAUCACCAUGCAUUUGAGCAACUUUUGGUUCAAAGCCUUGAGAAUUUCUUGAGAAAAGAGGCUCAAGAUCUUGCCUUGGAGAGCACUUUGACUGAGAUGGACAUUGAUAGUGUUUCAGUGAGCUCAAGGGAUUAUGGAACCCAGGGUACUUAUGGUAAUGAGGAGCUUAAAAUCCCAUUGAUGCAUGAUAGAAGAUUGGAAGAAGCAGGAACUUCUACCUCAGAAGAAGCUUCAGCAGCAUUGCCUUCUAGUGUCAUGUCAUCGGAUGAAGACCCGAGUUUGGAAUAUGAGCUUUCAGCUCUGCGAGAAGCUAUAGAUUCAGGAUUUACAUAUUUUCUAGCACAUGGUGAUGUGAGGGCCAAAAAGAACUCCGUUUUUCUUAAGAAACUCGUCAUAAACUACUUCUAUGCAUUCCUAAGGAGGAACUGUCGAGCUGGGGCUGCAAAUAUGAGUGUACCUCACAUGAAUAUCUUGCAAGUGGGCAUGACAUACAUGGUCUGAUUUGCUUGCCACAUGAAAAGCUGCCAUUUCAUCGAUCCUGCCCCCCAUUGCCAGUUCAAAUAUUGUUUAUUUAUCACCUCAAUUAGAGCCAAGAAUGAUAAAUAUUUGUACAUCAGGAUUGGCUGCCAAUGGAAAAUUUAUAUUGAACCUGUCGGCGUGUGUGGUUUUCCAGUUUUACUUGGCCCCUGGAGUCAUUUCACCGUCAGCUUAAUUAAGUCAUUCCUUAUCGAUGUUAAUCAUUGACAUGGUGUGGCGUCUACAAGCUGUGCAAGAACGUAAGAAGGCCAAUUAUCUAUCCCCCCAACUUAAUUCAAUGGAUGUGGGCUCUGGCACAAACAAAUUCCUCAAAACUUGCUUCAAACUAGAAUUGGUUUUUUUAGCCUCUCUUCCUCAACUACUCCAGCUGGAAACUCGAUGGUGUGGCAUAUCCUAAAUCGGCACUUUGGGGUCAACUUGUGCUGUCUGGCUUCAUAAAGCAAAGGGCAAAAAGGCAGCUUCCAUUAAAGGGGCUUUCACCUUUCCUUUCCUUU